GGGGUAUCCAACGAAAGUGUUCGCUUCCGCUUUCCGCAGAGGCCUUCUUUUUCCGGGAAACCUUCUCUGCCUUAAAGUAGAGCAGCAAAAAAAAACGCUUUCUUCCCUGGUGUCGUUUUCCGGUGCAUGUACAGCUCUCCCGGAGUGGCCUUUAUAAAGAUGGCUGCCUGCUCCGGCUUGCUACAUUCGCUGCGAAAUUCCCAAGGGACAGAGACGGUGUGUCUGCCAAGAUGUGUGUUGGUGCAGAACCAGCGGAUGUAACUGGAGAGAGAGGAUGGGUGGAAAGCAGGGGGCAACCGGGGCAAUCAUAGCGCAACAAAGACUGCAAGUCCAGCUGCUGGUUCACUGCGGUAGGAUUUCGCGGUUUCCACUUCCGCGUCGAGCGGGCGUCCUUUGUUCUCGACUUCACAUCUUCACAGAACGUCCUCCUCUGCGUUGUUGUUCCUCGCCAUUCACCACACCAUUCUUUUCUUCCUGGACACAGGCCGCCGGUCUUUUCCUCUCUGGCUGUUCGUCCACUGAGCGUCGUCGGCAGAGGAAGAUUGAACGGGAGACCUGGCAAGCUUAGAUGGAGCGUUUUGUGGAGGCAAGAGGGAGACAAGGAAAUGUGAAGAUCGAUAGCUAUGUGACGACAUGUUCACCUCAGUGCUCGCUCGUCUGCAACGCCCCUGAAAGAGUGCCUCCUUUGUAUCGCUUUGAAAGGUCUUCAAAGGCGCACGCAAACACAUGCACAGAAAAAACGUCUUCUCCAGGGAUUGAGUAUGGCGAGAAGGUUUGACAGCGAUGGGGUCGCCCGACCUCGUCGCGAAGCGUGGGUUCUCUUUCCUCCUACGUUCUGUAGGCGUUUCCAUCUUCUUGUCUUGCUCCUCGUAUCUGUCUCAGCUGUGCCGCUUGGCACUUCGCAGGAUGCAGUGAUCUCGGGGGAGCGUCCCCCUUCUUUUCUCCGUGACGAACUCGAUUUCUCCCCUCACUCUCUUUCGUCGCCCCUUUCCCACUCCUCUCACUAUCCCCUGCAUUCUCCUCAUUCGCCGUAUUCUUCCUCCGCUCCUCUUCCCCCGCAGUCUUCUCAUUCGUCUCCCCAUCCUCCCUCUGCCUUUUCCCCUCAUGCGCGGAGUUUCCUGUCUCCUGCAGACGAAGGCCGGGGACAGGGAGAGGUCCUGGAGGAGGCCAGGACGCACACUCGAGCACAGCCCGACGAAGUGGCGGGGCGAUUGAGACCCACCGUCUAUCCGGAGUACUGCCUCAAAUGCGGCGAGUCGCUUAUCAAUCGCCGAGCUGUACCUCCGUUGUCCGACGAGAGUCAGAGGCUACCUCUGCUUCUUGUGCAAGUCCACGCCGUCGUCCGCCACGGCUCCCGUUCACCCUACGCAGGUGACUGCUGGAGAUGGGCGAAGAGAAGCUCGGGAGAAGAAACUGGCUUUUCUGGAACGGGCGACCCGAGAAAACCAAGAGACACAACCGACUCGGACAACUCGAGUUCGUCCCCCGUCCUCUUUCCUUUCUUGCUGAGGAGAAAUGGGCCGAACAAGCCGGGAGGCGAAGCAGGUGAAGGCGCAGCGAGGCGAGACAGCAGGUCCGAGGCAUCCCUUGCAGGAGGUCCAGCAAAAGACAGAGAAGACAGAGUCAUUGAGGAAGACGAUACAGAGGAGGAAGAUACAGAGGAAGACGAUACGGAAGAGGAAGAUACAGAGGAAGAAGAUACGGAAGAGGGUCAAGGCAGCACGGAGAGAGAUGAACAGGAGAGAGACGAUGAAGACGAGCAAGAGGGCGACUCUUUGGAAGUUAGUGCAUACAGGGAAGGCGUUUCGCUUCUGCUUCAUCCCCCUUCAAUUUUACAAGCCGCAACAACAGUCCUUUCUGGCUUCGCAUCUGAAAGGGGAGCUCCGGCGUCUCUGGAGGGAUCGUAUGCUUCUCUCUCAGGGACGCGGACAGCGUUGGAAGACACGCGGGAGCCGCUCGGAUAUCUUUUCUUCCCCCUCUCCUCCUUCGGCUCCUGUGUGGCCUCUCUCGUCACCUCUAUGGCGUCGUUGUUCUCCUCUGUGGCGUCAUUUUUCUCCUCUGUGGCGUCUGUUGUCCCUUGGUGUUUCGUUGCUUCUCGCAUGUCGCACGAAUCUCCUCGUCCGUCUGCGAGCCCAUCGACUAACGCGGCAGAGAAAGGAAAGAAGACACAAAGGACGGAGCGAAGGAGACGUCGCAGAGGGAACCGGCACCACGGAGACGCGAGGUGGACGAGAUCUCGCACGAGACCAUGGAACUGUCUUUUCGAAGAAGGCGGCUUUUUUCUCUCUAAAACUGGCGAUGCGUCGCCGACGUUCGUUCGGCACUUCGACAUCAAGCCCCGCAAAAGUUCCCUCGGAGGCUCCUGCCAGCCGGCUGACCUUCUGGCGGAAGGCAGAGACCAGCUGAUUCAGAUCGGAGCCCUCCUGCGGAGCGCCUACGUGCUUCAGACGCCUGAGGGGCCUCACGCGCCGGCCGCGCCUUCGCCGAGCGAGGAGAGAAGGAGCCAUCGUGCAGGUGGAGACUGGGAUGGUCUCUCACAAAGCGGCCGGGGAAGCGCGGACACCAAAGACCAGCCACAGAAAACCACAGAGACAACACCGCUGAACCCUCCAGGAGGCUCUCCAUCUCCUGCCUCUGACUCUCCACUUGCCUGUCUGUCUGUUGAAGGCCUGUCUCCGUUCCCUGACCCAUUUCUGUUUACGGACGAAGAGCUCUCAGACCAGCAGUCUUGGGCGACGUACUUGAGAAGCACCGACACGGAGAGGACGACAGCGUCGGGAACGUUUUUGCUUCAGGCCUUCACGGCCCCGUGGGCGCGAGGGCGACCGCUGGCGGAGACUGAAGACGCAGCCUUUGAGAAAGAGGCAAGAAGAGCGAUCCCGAUUUCUCUCGCUGUCCACGUGCAGGAACAUCUUCGGGACUCUCUCAUUGUUCAUUGGGAGCGCGCGGAGCUGGCAAGCAUGUUGCGCGAGGCGGUUGAGAGCCCAGGCUUCCGGGAUCUGCAAACGCGUCACGCGCCGCUUUACGAGAGAAUUCGAGCAGUGCUGGGUUUGUCGUCUUUGCCGGAGCUCCUCGCGGGGCCGUGGCCGGACCGGCUUUUCGACUGCCUCAUGACGGCUGCAUGCAACGACAGAGUCGACGAAAUCCCCAUGCCUAUGCGGCCAGCGUCUGUCCCUGUUCGCGUAGACGGCGGACGAGAAACGCGGAGUGAACCGGAAAAACAGAGCGCAUUGCCCGACACCCAAGGAGACGAGUCUCGGGGGAUGCAUCGCACUAUCAAGACGGCGACGAAGGAACUAAGGACGGACGCCACUUCGCACAUCGCCCGUGUUUCACCUUCUCCGUCUCUCUCACGUCUGUCGUCUUCUGCCGCCGCUUCUCCUUCUUCUGGUUCAGAAGCCGUAUCUCCGUCUUCUUCAGAGGGCGUUGCUUCUCUUCGUUCAGGCCUCUCGCCUUCCUCAGCUUCAGAGCGCCUUCUUGAUUCGACUUCCGAAGCUUCGCCGUCGUUCUUUGAGGAGAUCGUGAGCGCUGUAGAAGCCGAAGAGGCGUUUCUCCACUCCUGGCGCGGCGGCCUCCUGUCUUGGAUGGCCAUUCAGAAGUUCUUCCGCGUCCUCGCGCGUUCGCUUCAGCAGGCGACGGCUGCGCCAGCCAGCGCCGCCCUCGCUGCCUUCCGGCAGCGCCUCGCCUCUUCUCCCUCGACUCGAAUGCACGCAGUCACUCUAUCUGCAACGCAGCGCAAAGGGUCUGAAGAGGAGAAGAAAGGAGAGGCUGAAACGACACAGAGAGCCGAGCAGCGGGAAUGUGAAGGAACGAUGACCGAGAAAGCAAGGCGGACUCUAGAGGCGUUCAACGCUGGCUUGCAUGCGCUCAAAAGGCAACAAGAGGAAGACCGGACUUCUCGCUUUUUCGUGUACGCCACUCACGACACAACGCUCGCCGCAAUUCUCGGCGCUCUCGGCGUCGACGACUUGCGCUGGCCGCCGUACGCCGCGACGUUCCUCCUCGAGGUGUACACACACUUGACGGAAGAGAGCGAAGCAGGGGAAGCGAGCGAGGGCGCGAAGGUCGUUCCAGAUGCCAUGCCAGAGAAAUCCAGGAAAAACGGUCGCCAGAGAACGCGAAGGCAGUCGAGCGAAGGAAACCGAGUUGUGCGUGUUAUUUGGAAUGGGCAAAGUGUGACGCAUGCAGUUCGCGGGUGCGCAGAGGCGUCAGCAGCUGCGUCGCUGCCUAGGGAUCUCUGCCCACUGUCUGCCCUUCUCGACGCUCUCCUCGUUCCUCCCGUCGCCGCAGAGCACCUCGCCACCGCGGAAAACGAAGCCGCGUUGAGAGAAGGCAGAGACGUCAACGGCAGCAGGCGAAGCGAAGGAGCUCGCAGAGACGAAGCCACACCGCACUCCUCGAGUGCAGACGCAGGGGAAGGGCGCCAGGCUCUCGGCGGCCGCGAACAGACAAAGGAGGACGAGAAAGAGAAGCCAACGCGGGAGGAGAAGAAACCAGCACAGAGGCCGAAGACCAAGAAGGAGCAGAGGCGCAAGAAAGAGCAGAACUCACAUGUCAAUACGAAAGCACAAGAGAAAAAGGCGCAAGAGGAGAGAGGAGAAUCCCGCGCGAGGGGAGGCGAGAAAAGGACGCAUGUCGAGGGAAGCAGAGGGAGCAGUGGACAGGCCAGCUCGUUCGAUGCUUCUCGUUUCGAUGGCUUCACGAGCGAACUGCGUUGAGUUCCUCGUGCCACUGUCUGAACGGCGCAGACUUUCUCGAUGCACACGCAGAGUCACCAGUGGUGUAGACUUUUCAGAAACAGAUCGUUGCGUAUGCCGCAGCCCUUGAAAAAUCGCCCUGUGUGGCGUCGAACAUGCAUCCCUCGGCUGCAGAUGUUGUCUCAUUGAUGCCUUCAUGCUGUAAGCGUUGCUGCGUGCGGCUCUCCGUCGCGGUUUUCGCGGUCUUGAGAAAAGGUGUAUUUUUCUCAGGCGUUUUCGCUGUGUUUCUCGUUUGCGUCAUGGCAAGUCCUUUUGAGUCGAGAACGAGAGCCGAGGGUGAGCGGAAGAUAGCUGCUUUCCGGUUUCCCCGUCCCUUCAGAUUGUGUUUCGCGCGGACCGUCCAGAGGCCAAUUUGUGCCCUCGCCUUCCUGGACAACAGAUGCGUCCGUUCGUGGCAGGACCCACAGACCGGCGUCGCCUGCGUCCUCGCUUGUCGGUGGCCAUCGCUGCAAAUGCCUCCAGGGGGCGCAGAGUGCCUUCCGCCUUGUUUCUUCUGGAGACAUGUUCCACUCGCAACGCUCCGGCUCGGAGACGCAGCCUUUCAAGUGACCUCGUAUGAGGGGAAAGACAGCCUCUCUCCUCGAGACUUGUGCGGUGGUGUGAGACGUUCGGCGGAGAAGUGCCGCGCAGAGGUGCUAACAACUGAAAAGGCCUGCUGGUCAGAGACCGAGG